CAAAAACCAGUUGUCGCUGAGUGAAAGGUCAGACAGACACAAUUAGUCUAAUGCUUCCGUAUCAGGCCAGGGUUUCUAUGAAACAGAUGUAGUUUCAGUUGAUCCUCGGCUGAAGAUGAGUUCAGUGCAGAUAAUUAUAUCGGAAAGUUUUCGAGUACAUUAAAUCUUAAACACUCUGAAUGUUGCACACAUUUUAGUUGCAGUUUUUAGCAAAAUCCUUCCAUAAAAUCCGGGAAUAUAAUACAUAAUCGUAAAUGUCGCCAGAUAGGCAGACUGACACCGUUAAAAUGUAACUCUGUUAUCUUAACAAGGACGUGUUAUCAACAAAUUGUGUUGUCAUUAAAUUUGCCGCUAAAGAAGGUCGUUGGGAAAGCAACAGCUGUUGGCUUGUUUAUCUUCACACUCUAUUCGCAUGUCAUUCUACAUAUGCGAGCAAGAUACACUGAUUUGGACGGCAGUGCGCAGGCUCGAAUAUUUUGGCAUUUCAUGUGACGGUGGAAGUGUGUAAGUAUUAGAUAAUAAUGUGCGCAACCACCAUUAAUAACAAAGCAACGAAGGCAGACGCUGGCAAAACAAAGAAGUCUGCAAUUGGAUUGAAUUGAGCAACAGCAGUAAAGAGAACGACGAAAAAUGUGGUCAGUGAAAAAUUUGUGCGCAAAAUUGAAAAAUAAAUGCAGCUAAUUAAAUCGAAUAAUCAGAGCGAAAUUCGGCGUAAGCAAUAUUUGUAGCAAUACCUAUAACAACAACAGCACAAGUAACCGUAAUAACGGUCGCAGCAUAUUCAGCGCCGGAAGACGAGGUCACAGUGUGUUGUGGAAAAUGAGCAGCAGCGGUGGCGGCGGCAAUGGCGGUACCGGACGCCUAGCGGCAGCAAAGUCGUUGCAAAAUGAGCACGCCGAAACGCUACUGGUGCAGCUUAAUGAGUUUCGCAAAAGCGAGCAGUAUAUUGAUAUUUCCCUGAUAUGUGGCGAUCUGCGCAUUAUGGCCCAUCGCAAUAUACUCGCAGCUGCGAGUCCCUACUUCCAAGCGAUGUUCGGUGGCAACUUUCCGGAGAGUUCACAGCGCGAAGUGCACAUACACGAAAUGGAUCCGCGUUGCUUGGAGUUGGCGGUGGACUUCAUCUACACAGGCCACCUGAAUAAUUAUGUUGACUGUGUUCAGCAGUUGCUGGAGACUGCGGCCUUUCUGCAGCUGGAGCAUUUGAUGGACUUGUGUACGGAAUAUAUGUGCGCGCAGUUGGACGCUGAUAAUUGUCUGGGUUUUAAGCAUUUUGCAGAGAAGCAAAAUAAUUUCACAUUGCUGGAUUCAGCUUGUCAGUAUAUCAUAACCCAUUUUAAAGAGGUUGUGCAGAGUGAGGAGUUCUUGGAUAUGUCAUAUUCGGAGCUCAGUAACAUAUUGGCUAACGAUGCGCUCUACGUUCAUUCCGACGAUGCUGUGCUAUGCGGCUUGACGCGCUGGGCUGAACAUAGACCGACCGAGCGCGCAGUCCACUUGGCGCCACUACUGCGUUACAUACACCCGGCUUGUGUAACUUCAGAAGUGGCACGCUCACUGUCCGUUCUCAAACAGAGCGCGGAUAGCCAAAGUUGGCUGCGCGACGUUCUGCACAGCGCCGACAGCAUGGAGUGGCAUAUCUUUAUGUUGGACAAAAUGGGCCGCAAACCGGAUCUACAACGUUUCAAUUUGUCAUUCGACGAGGCGACGCAGCUGCAGCCACUGCCACGUCCAGCUUUCGCCGUCAGUUUGACGGCACACAAAAAUAUUCUAUAUGCUCAAGGCGGCAGUGUGGGUCGCAGCACACGCGAGUGUUUCUACUACAACAUCUAUCGCGAUCAGUGGCACGAGCUGCACCCGUUGCUGAUGGAGCGUUCGCACCACCGCUCGGUCAUUUUGAAUGGCUGUUUGUAUGCGCUCGGCGGCAAUACGUUGCAAGGCGCCACGUGUUCGGUGGAGUGUUUGAAUUUGGUCACUAACAAAGCGACCUUUCGUGAGAAUAUGCUGGCGAAGCGCAACGCAAUGGGCGCCGUGGUGUGCGAUAAUACGCUCUAUGUGAUGGGUGGUGAGACCGAUCAUCGAUCACUUUUCUCAGUGGAGCGCUACGAUCCGCGCGUCGGCCAGUGGCAGGAGAUGCCCGCCAUGCGUGAGGUGAAUAGCUAUUGCUCCAGCGCGGCUAUCGGUUCGAAUAUUUAUUGUUGUGAGGGACUCGGCAGCUGUAUGGAACGGUUCGACUUGCGCGCCAAUCGCUGGGAUGUCAUCAAUUUUUGGGAGGAGCGCGAGUUUUAUGAAAUUUUUGUCGUGGACAAUAAAUUGUACAGUGUUUCCGGUGAGGCUAUCGCACGCUACGACGAAAUGGAGAACAAAUGGCUAUGCGAGUAUAAAUUCGCCGAAUCACGUGAAUGGGAUACGGCUACAGGCUUGCAGAUGGUCAACUAUCUGCGGCUUUAAAUCUGCUUGGUUAGUGUCGGUUGGAAAAUGGGAGUGAACAGAUAUGUGUGGGUGAUAAAAACUCUAUCACCAUUGCAGUGUCAAUUUGGUUUGCCUAACACCAUUAAUUCGGAAGAAUAUUUAGUAAUAAGAUUUAUAACUGGGCAAUAGAUUUUGUGUGAGCUCGACUUGGGCUCAGUUGGUGUACUUACGAACGUCAUAAAUAUCAUAUAUCUCGUUUGUGGCAGUACUUUAAGUUGAAUAAGCGGUAAAUUUUGUUCACAAUUUCCAGGUUUAACAAUAUUAAAGUAUUCCAUGAUACAAAGAAAUACAUCUAUCAUAUACAUUUUGUGAAGCUUUGGAAGCUAACAAAGGCUCAAGAGCUGUUAAGAACAAGAAGUUUCAGUUAAAUAUAUUGCAAUUGUCUUAUUAAACCGAAAUUGCCAACAUGGCGUAUGAGUGAUUUUAUUACUAUCUCUUGUAUCGUAAAUAGCAUAAGUAGUAGUGAUUUUAAAGUAAAUUAAUGGAUUUUGAAGUGAAUAAUUUAAUGUUCGGUAAUCUUAAGGCUCUAACUUUGAAAAAUAUAUAUAACGUUACAUAAAAACCAACAAUUUUCAUUUAUACUUUAGUAUGGGUAUCUGCAGGAGGAGUCACAUGUAGAAGUUCACGUAAGUGAGGAAAGUUUCUGAUUGGGAGUGGCCAGGAAUGAUUCUUUUACAUGUGGCUCAAGCAGCUCACGACUUCCGGUCUUAGACCAAGUAUCCUCUGGGUAGCCAACAGACAUACGUUUGGAGGCGAGUUAAAGUGAGAAGGC